AUGGGCGAGCAUAAUCUUCUUAAUCCUGGGUUUGUGGGACCUUUGGUAAACAUCCACACAGGAGAUACCUUUUACUUCCCGAAUUUUAGAGCCUCAGGGGGGCAGCUGGCGGGGCUACCGUCUCUCUCCUACCCAAGAAGGGAAAAUGUGUGCUCCCUCCCGUGGAAUCCAUCUGAGUCGUGCAAUGGAUAUCAUCAGUCCUACUUUAGUAGUUCUGUAUCUAUUAAUCCGUCUUUCAACCGAUCCUGUAGUGAAACAGCCCGACCGGAGGAAAAGUGUUUUUAUGGCGGCAGCAGAGAAGCCUGCUCUGACGCCAAUGGGAGUCUCAAACGAGAUGAGACAAUAACAGAGAACACUGUAUUAGAUAACAGGGUGCACAGUGGAAUAAGCAACAGUAGCACAUUCACCAAGUAUGACUAUGGCACAGAACAUCUGACCCCAAAUCCACCGUCCUGUCCAUCACUCGAAUCAGAUUCCUGUUCCUCGAUGCACAACGAUGGAGGAAAAAACUCUACUAGCGACCAGCAGAGCCUAAUAACACAAGGAAAUCACACGAGUAAUCUGUCUACUGGAGGAGGUGCCCCAUGGUAUCCGAUGCACACCCGGACCCGCAAGAAACGAAAGCCCUAUUCUAAACUCCAGCUAGCCGAGCUGGAGGGUGAGUUCAUGUUAAAUGAGUUCAUCACUCGGCAGCGGCGCAGGGAGUUGUCAGACCGACUCAACCUUAGUGACCAACAAGUUAAGAUCUGGUUUCAGAAUCGGCGGAUGAAGAAGAAGAGACUGCUUCUCAGAGAACAGGCGUUCUCCUUCUUUUAAGAAAACAUGUG